GGCCGUGUAAUUAUCAUAGUAGCAGUGGACUUUCCCAGUUGUCGUCGUUUGGGUUAUUGGAUUUUGGCUGUGUCUUUUCGUUUGGACUCUUCUGCAAUUAGAAGUGAAAUAUGACUGCCCACGAUCAGAUGAGGGCAAUGCUAGACCAGUUGAUGGGGACUGGCAGAAAUGGAGAAAACAACCGUUACCAAGUCAAGUUCUCAGAUACCAAAGUGUGCAAAAGUUUUUUACUUGGUUGCUGCCCUCAUGAAAUCCUAUCAUCCACGAGGAUGGACCUAGGGGAAUGCCCUAAGAUCCACGAUCUAGCCUUACGAGCAGACUUCGAACAUGCUAGCAAGACGAGGGAUUACUAUUAUGACAUUGACGCUAUGGAACAACUUGAAGCAUUUAUAUCAGACUGUGAUCGCCGUACUGAAGUAGCAAAGCAACGUUUAUUGGAGACCCAAGAGGAACUUUCUGCUGAAGUUGCUGAAAAGGCGAAUGUUGUUCAUGAGCUUGCAGAAGAAAUUGGUAAAAAAUUGGCUAGAGCUGAAGCAUUAGGAGAAGAAGGUCUUGUAGAUGAAUCUCUAAAGCUGAUGGGUGAAAUUGAUGAACUUCGUAAAAAAAAACUUGAAGCUGAAGAGGUUUAUCGCAAUUCAAUGCCAGCAAGUAGUUACCAACAACAGAAAUUGAGAGUUUGUGAAGUCUGUUCUGCUUAUCUUGGCAUCCAUGAUAAUGAUCGUCGUUUGGCUGAUCAUUUUGGAGGAAAGUUACAUCUAGGUUUUAUCACCAUCAGAGAAAAACUUGACCAGUUGAGAAAAUCCGUUGAAGAAAGAAGAACUCAACGAAAGGCAGAAGGACGUGAUAGAGAUCGUGAGAGGGAACGAGAAAGAGAGGAUAGGAGCAGAUAUCGGGAAAGAGAGAGAGAUAGGAGAUCAGGGCGGUCACAUAGAUCGAGGAGUACUUCCAGGUCAAGAUCUCACCGAUCACGAGACAGAUCACGAUCCCGAGAAAGUCGAAGAAGAGACCGUUGAUAUCUUGUUUUAUUCAACACUUAAGACACUAUUUUUAACAUUAUCAACACUGUUUAUCUGAUAUGUUUCCUUUUGUAGAGUUUUUGUUUAUUUUUUGUUAUAUAUCCACGUGUACGAUAAUAAAUUAAUUUGUCACUUUUAAGUUAUCAUAAAUUAUAUCAAUAGGCUUGUUUUAGAUUUAAGUGGAAUGAAUUUUUAUUUUUAUGAGUUUCACAUUUUUUUCUUGCAAAAUGAUGGUAUUUUGUUAGUCAAAAAUGUUUUUUUCUUCUCAUUGUACAUGUUUUGAGGAUUAAAUGAUAGAAAAUAAAUUUCUAUUGUUUAUAUUAAGAAAUUAUAUUGAAUAAACAAAAACUAUGUAUUAUUAUUUAGCUUAUUUAUUUUCUACAAAUU